AUGGCCAGUAACCAGGCCAGCCUGCAGGAUGAUCAGAGCAGGCACUGCAAGUUCUUAUCCUACAUGUUCUACCAGGCAGUGAGAGAUCACAAGCCUGUGUGGAUGCUGGAAGACAUGAGAACUAUGGAGUAUUUUUACUGGGAGGAAAAUGCCAGCCUACGAACCUACUCACCUUCAGAAGCACUUCUCUAUGCAGUGGUGCAUAAUCACCUGCCUUAUGCUCAGUAUUUGCUGUCUCAUUUUCCAGAGGAGGCUCUCAAGGUGCCUGGGGAACACUUCUGCUAUUGCCCAUCCUCUGCUCCUCACCUGGCCAUGGCGGUCACAUAUGACAGGAGAGAUAUCUUAGGACUGAUCAUCAAAAUUGCACACAAGCUCCCCAGCUUGAACUCCUAUAUCAAUAGGGCUGGCUGCUUUCAUCUGGAAGAUGGGAAAACACCCCUGCACCUUGCCUGUGAGCUGCUGAGGUCAGAGACUGUCCUCAUCCUCCUUGGGAACGGAGCCUCUCCCAGGAUAGAGGACAGUAAAGGACUGACCCCGCUGGACGUCAUCCUGGAGCAGAUGUGGGACUCCAAAGUCAAUGUUGCAUCAAAGAAGCUCUGCCUUGACUACCUCUUGCUCUUCAUGCCCAACCCACAGUUUAAGAUGCGGAAAGUUCUGCAGGAGCAUCCAGACCACUGGACAGCUUUGCUGGGAGAAGACAAAUUCAACAGCCUGGUGGGGAACACACCUGCUUCUUUAUAUCUGCAAGCUAUGCAAACUAUUCUCCAGACUCUUCCCCCUUCCCACUUCCCUAAAAGCAUCCAGGAACUACCUAUACCUCAGGCACUAAAGCCCUUACCAUCCUAUGGCAAAAAGCUACCAGCAAAAAAUGUGGUAAAUGUUUUUCCUUGA